UGGCGCGCAUGCGCGGUGGGCGCCCUUCCAGCCGCCGGGGCCGGGCCGGGCCGGGGCUGCCGCCGCCGCCGCCGCCGCCGCCGGGGCUGCCGGGGCCGGGGCGCCGCCGCCUCGGUGCAGUGAGCGGGGCGGAGGGAGGCGGACGGGGGCAGAGGGAGGCAGAGCAUGUCGGCCGCCGCCCGCCCGCCUGCGCCGUGCGCACCCUCGGUCGCACCCGCCGCUCCAUGAAGUAGCGCGGAGGGCGGGGGCGCGGCGCGGACACCCCGGCGAGCCCCGGGGCCCCAGGCAUGGCCAGCUCGUGCGCCGUGCAGGUGAAGCUGGAGCUGGGGCACCGCGCCCAGGUGAGGAAGAAGCCCACCGUGGAGGGCUUCACGCACGACUGGAUGGUGUUCGUCAGGGGGCCCGAGCACAGCAACAUCCAGCACUUCGUGGAGAAAGUCGUCUUUCACCUGCACGAGAGCUUCCCCCGGCCGAAACGAGUGUGCAAGGAUCCACCUUACAAAGUUGAAGAAUCCGGGUAUGCUGGUUUUAUUUUGCCAAUUGAGGUUUACUUCAAAAACAAGGAAGAACCUAAGAAAGUUCGAUUUGACUAUGACUUAUUCCUGCACCUUGAAGGCCACCCACCUGUAAAUCACCUCCGCUGUGAAAAGCUCACAUUCAACAACCCGACAGAGGAAUUCAGAAGAAAGCUUCUAAAGGCAGGAGGGAUCAUGGUAAUGUCAGAUGGCACAUCGGUCCCUUCAGGACAGAGCCUUCAUCUCCCCAACCUUUCCAGUAACUCCCUGUCUUUUUCUGAAGUGAAGAAGAAGUCGUCUCAUGGGCCAAAGGACCCAACUAAGACUAUUAACACAAGUAGCAGCAGCAGUAGUAACAGUUUUUCAAAGCCCCAUAAGUUAAUAAAGGAGCACAAGGAAAAAUCUUCUAAAGACUCAAAAGAACAUAAAAGUGCCUUCAAAGAACCUUCCAGGGAACACAACAAAUCUUCCAAAGAAUCCUCUAAGAAACCCAAAGAAAACAAACCACUGAAAGAUGAAAAAAUAGUUCCUAAGAUGGCCUUCAAGGAACCCAAACCCAUGUCCAAGGAGCCAAAAUCUGAAAAUACUCCCAUCCUUACCAUAACCAGUGGUCAGCAGCAAGAAAAGAAGGCCCCUACAAAAAGGCCCUCUGUUGUGGAUUCUGAUGAACUUUCUGCCAAAAAAAGAAAAAAAAGUAGCUCAGAGUCUUUAUUUAAAAGUUUUUCUAGUGCUCCACCACUGAUUCUUACUUGUUCAGCUGACAAAAAACAAGCAAAGGAUAGAUCUCAACUCAAGAUGGGGAAAGUCAAAAUAGAAAAUGAUACACUGGAAAAGAAGACGUCUACUCUUCCACCUUUUGAUGAUAUUGUGGAUCCCAAUGAUUCUGAUAUGGAGGAAAAUGUAUCCUCCAAAUCUGAAUCUGAACAGCCCAGUCCUGCCAGUUCCAGCUCCAGUUCCAGCUCCAGUUUUACACCAUCUCAGAACAGCAGACAACAAGGUCCAUUGCGGUCUAUAAUGAAAGAUCUGCAUUCAGAUGAUAAUGAAGAUGAAUCAGAUGAAGCAGAUGAGAGUGACAAUGAUUCUGAGUUGGAGAGACCUGUAAAUACACGUGGAGGAAACAGAAGUCGCAGGGUUAGUCUGAGCGACGGCAGUGACAGUGACAGUAGUUCAGCUUCUUUAUCACUACAUCAUGAACCAACACCACCUUUAUUGAAAACGAACAACAACCAGAUUUUAGAAGUCAAGAGUCCAAUAAAGCAAAAUAAAUCUGACAAACAAAUAAAGAAUGGCGAUUGUGAUAAGGCAUAUCUCGAUGAACUAGUAGAACUCCACAGAAGAUUAAUGACAUUGAGAGAGAGACAUGUACUACAGCAGAUAGUAAAUCUGAUAGAAGAGACUGGACACUUCCAUAUCACAAACACCACCUUUGACUUUGACCUUUGCUCACUGGACAAAACCACAGUCCGUAAACUACAGAGUUAUCUGGAGACAUCUGGAACCUCCUGAGGAUUCAGCAUCUGGCUGCAUCAAAAACUGUUUUUUAGGUGAAACAUUCAGAAUGAUGCAACCGGAAUGAGCGGGGAAAACAAGCCAACCCUCUUCAGCUUUAUUUUACUUUAAAGCCAGUCAUCAUCUCUUGAUAAAGGAGAGGAAAAGUGACAAGACUCAGAGGACCGCUCUUCUCAAGAUAAUGCUCUGGAAGAGUUACCCUGGAUAGCCUUGAAAAACAAACACAGAAGACGACAAACAAAAAAACCUUGUUCUUAAUGAAUGUGUAUGGUAUCAUGUAUCUCUCUCUGUGGUGUUUCAGUCCACAAGAUGAAUGCAUGUGCAACACACUGCCUUAUUACAUAACUGAUCUAUUUAUUAUUUCAUACAUAUAUUCUCAAGUCAUUGAGUUGCUGAAUGACACUACCAGAUGUUGCAAGUACUGGGGUCCCAUAUAUGCUCCUUUGAUGCAGUACCAUCGCCAUCACAAGCCUAGUAACUUUACUCAUGUUAAAAUGCCAUUUCUUGCUAACUUUCUGUAGUCACUUAAAACACUAUAAUCUUGUUUCCACUUCUGCAGUUCCAGGAAACAAGAUACAAAGUGGGGGACCAAAAAGAGGCCCUAUUUUUUGUUAACAGUCUGCCACAGUAGGUUGGACCACAGGUCCUUGGCUCUACCUGUUUAUUGAUCUGGGAUCGUGGUAGAAAGUGCACCAAAUAGGAUCAUAUGACUUGCUGUCUAGCCUUAGUCAAUAUACCAGUAGGACUUUUAACAAAAAAAAUGUUACUGUAUACUGUCCUGAAUCCAGCACCAUUUGUCAUCAUUCUUGUGUCUGUUUUAAUGUUAUAAUAUUAAAUAUAUAUAAAAGUGAAGGUGUGUUGCGGGAUCAUCAUAAAAGGAGGAAUACUGGUCCUGUUUUCUAAGGAAAUGUUGUAGAAAAUUCUUUAUUUGGAGCUAUUUAUUACUAUGAGUUUCAACACUCUACUGCUGCCAGUGUGUGACUCACUUUUUCCAUAAAACUAGUGGCAUAACCUUUUUGUUUGUUCGUACAGUAUAUGGUCUAUUUAGUCUGUUUUGUCUUUUUUUUUGAAUACCUGAUAAAUUAAAACCCUUUCUUUGAAAAAAAAAAUAUGUUCGUUGAUACACAGUUACAUGUUGAAAUGCAUACAUACAUAUAUGUGUCCAUAUAUACAUGUGCAUGUAUAUAUAUAGAUAUACAUAUAUGUGUGUGUCUGUGUGUGUCUUUUACACUUCUCAGAUUUUGGUAUCUGUUCAGUAACCUGCUUGCAUUUCCAGAAGAAUUUCUUGUCUAUACAAAUGAGUAUUCUUUCAUAUUAUCCGUUAUUCCUUUAAAAUCAGGAUCCUUCUUCAUGCAUGUGCAAAUGAAAGGAUAUAUAAUCACACAUCAAAGCUCUGUGCUCUCAUAUUGUUGAUGGUUUCUUGCUGAAAUCAUCACCUUUAUAUUAGGAGUUCAAAGCCCCCAAUGAAAAGGAAAUUAAGAAAUACUUCUGGAUCCAAAGGUUUAUUCAGGUUUAUUAGCCUUAAAUAUAUUUGUUUCUAGACUGGCCAGUAUGUCACAUGUAUGCUUAUAUGCCAUAUGUAGUCUGUAUGUGUAGAGCUGAACAGUAGUAUCUGUAUGAUUUAUUAUUUCAUGCACACAGUUUGUGCAGUACUGUUAAACUAAAUUGCUGUUGAGGUUAUCUCUUAUUCAGAUGGUAAAUCUUAACACUGUUUCUUUAAGUCCAAAGAAAAUUUUACACUUUACUCUUUUCAAGAGGGGAAUAAGAGUUGGGUUUGGGGGGCGUUUUUCUUAUUUAAAAUGUUCUUUGACCACACUCCAUAGGAAGUCUGUCUUGGGCUUCCAAAGAACAAGUGUACUUUUUUCAGUAAUGUUAUGACUCUUAUUGAUGAUUGGCAUGAAGCAUACUUGAAGCAUUUUGUUGUUCUUCUAAGUCCAUGUCUCGAUGUGCAAUUGUUGGGGGUGGGAGGAGUGUCUUUUAAAGUUACUUUUGACAUCAGGCAGAUGAUGAUGGGGUGGGAGGGCUUGCAUGUGAGAGGGAUUCAUUUCAAUUAUUAUCAACAUUUUAUAUGAACAUGUUUGGAAUCUUAAAAACUUUUGAUCUACCAGUGUAUAUUCAACUUGCUAUCUUAUAGAUGUACUAGAUACAUGUGGAAUUUUGUCAUUUUGACUUUUCUAACUAAAUUUUGUCGUUAAAAUCUCUUAAUUUCAGGAGGGGAAGGAUCUCUUGAUAAGGUUAGUCUGAAUAUUGAAUAUUCCACUGUUUUUUAGAAAUGGUGAAAUAAGUCACUUUACUUAUAAAAUGCUAGAUAAGUUUUGUUGUACUUUGUGAAUGGGGAUACAGGAGAACAGGAAGUAGGAAAUAGGCAUCAAAGGGAGAUGAUAGCAAUUACAGUAUAAAGUUACUGCUAAAUUUCCUACUAAUCCUGGAGCAUCCUUAAAAUCUUAAAUUUUAUAAUUUGAAGUUGGGAGAGGGAAGAAAAAAUAUAGACUGCAGGAGUGUGUGUGUGUGUGUGUGAUGGUGGUUUCCACAAAAUUCUGAUAGAAUAAGAGCUAUUUAAGUGUUGAUCUCAUUUUAAAAAAAAGCUACAUUAACUAUUUUCAUCUAAUUUUGUAUGCAGAAACAAAAUAAAUCCUUCUUCAAUUGA